CAACAAAUUUAUUGAGAAAGUAAAAAGAUGCACUAAAUAAAUAGAAGUGAGCUAAGCCCACAUGCCAUUAUAUAGAAACCCCACUGGCACAGCAAGAUAGAAAGCAAAUUAUGAGUAUCAAUCGAUUGCAUUGCUGACGGAAAAUAUAUAUCACUAUGUGCUCCCUUCACCUUAAUAACUGAAACAAACCGAACCUUGUAAUAAUUUGCAUACAACAAUGGGAAGAGCUCCAUGCUGCAAUGAAGCCGGAAUCAAGAAAGGCGCAUGGACUACCGAUGAGGAUAAUAAACUCAUUGCUUAUAUUCAAGAACACGGCGAAGGCGGCUGGCGUACCUUGCCUCAGAAAGCUGGUCUCCAAAGAUGUGGAAAAAGCUGCAGAUUAAGGUGGGCUAAUUACCUUAAGCCUGACAUUAAAAGAGGAGGGUUCAGUGUAGAUGAGGAGCAAGCCAUCAUUCGGCUUCAUGCUUCUCUGGGCAACAGGUGGUCAGCCAUAGCCAGACAUCUCCCAAAGAGAACAGACAACGAAAUUAAGAAUUAUUGGAACACAUAUCUCAAGAAAAGAGUAACAGAAUUACCUAAUCAUGACCCAGUUCCUGCUGCCCCAUCCUCAUCUGACCCUAGCCAUUUGCCUGCUACCUCAUCAAACCCUGCCUCUCCUCAGCUGCUCAACAAACCAGCUGCUGAGCUCACACCAUCAUUGUCAGAUGGAGGCGGUGUAACUGCUGAUGGUAAAGACAGUUCGUCGUCGCCUGUCACGCCAAGGCCUGUUUCUUCGUCAGCUAGGCUACUCAACAAAAUGGCUUCACUGUCGUCUCGUUUUCACAGCCUUAACAUGUUGAAGUCAAUUUUGUCCAAUUCGACGGAUCAGAACAAAUUCGAGGCUAGUGAUUCGGCAAUGAGCCUGCCAAACAAUGACUCAAAUGCGUCACCGUCUGUUUCUACUUCCAAUAAUGGUGUAGUAAGCGAACAGAUAUCUGUAUUGGAGGAUGAUAAUAUUGAUCCAUUAGCAAAUCCUUUUGAUCUUGAUCAUCUCGACCUCUUCAGAGAUUGGAACGGAAGUGACACUGACAGUGGUGCAUUGGAUUUUAGAACGUGUGAUACAUAUAACUAUAACAUCGAAUCUCCUAUGUCAACAUUCAUGUUUUCCGAAGAAUAUUCUUUCCCGGACCUAAUUGCAGAAUCAUAUUCAGACAUGCAGUAGUGAAGUUUUUAGCAAUGAUCACAACAGCAAGCUACGACUAAAUGCCAGAAUUUCCCCUUCCAUUGAUGUCAUAAACACAGGACGGCCAUGCAGAAUUUUUAUAAACUGAGGUCAUAGAUUUUGGUCCUGGUGAAGCUUCUCAUAUCAUGUAAUAAGUAGAAGUUGUGUGGUGAAGUGAUUUAAGAGAAGUAUGUACUAUGUUUUUUUUUUUAGUACUAUUACUAAUCGGGAAAUUUAGGUCUUCAGAGGUUGUGCAAUGAUGAGUAGUUGUCAGAAUUAGUCCGAUUGGAUUGCAAUAAACAAUUUAUAUUUUUUGUUUA